GUCCUCAGACCACCAAAAGCUUCCAAGAUGCCAAACUGGGGAGGAGGAGCCAAAUGUGGUGCCUGUGAUAAGACAGUCUAUCAUGCUGAGGAAAUCCAGUGCAACAGCAAGAGCUUUCACAAGACGUGCUUCCAUUGCAUGGCGUGUCGAAAAGCUCUGGACAGUACAACGGUAGCAGCUCAUGAAUCAGAAAUCUAUUGCAAAACCUGUUAUGGGAGAAAAUACGGUCCCAAAGGAAUUGGAUAUGGACAAGGUGCAGGCUGCCUCAGCACUGACACCGGAGAUCAUCUGGGUCUGAAUCUGCAGCAAUCGUCACCAAAGCCUGCUCGUCCUUCUACGCCUACCAACCCUUCAAAGUUUGCCAAAAAGUUUGGAGAUGUGGACAAAUGCCCUCGUUGUGGCAAGUCAGUUUAUGCUGCAGAGAAGAUAAUGGGAGGAGGGAAGCCUUGGCACAAGACAUGUUUCCGAUGUGCUUUUUGUGGAAAGAGUCUAGAAUCUACAAAUGUUACAGACAAAGAUGGAGAGAUCUACUGUAAAGGCAAGUGCAUUUGCUAUGCAAAGAAUUUUGGACCUAAAGGAAUUGGAUUUGGUGGCCUCACUCAAGUUGAAAAGCAAGAAUAAGCUCUUUCCCACUGAGGCCUAAACAGUAAUUUAAAGCUAAGAGGGCUACUAAGAACACUCUUUUUAUUUCAUUGGAAAAAUUAAUAAGCUACUUCUUACACAGCUUUUGUAGUAUAUUUUAGUGUAGGAAAGCA